AUGAGCAAUGCUUUGGAGCAGACUUCUUAUACUGAAGCAUUCGUCUCUCCACAGUGGCAUCCUGGAGGCAAGUCUUUCUGGUACCGCCGCAGGAUCAACGAUGGGUUUGAAUUCAUUCUAGUUGAUAUUAUCCGACGAACGAUUCAUCCAGCUUUUGACCACGAGCAGCUAGCCAAAGAGCUAGGGAAGCAUGCCUCGGUUAAAAUCGACCAGAGAUAUCUGCCUUUUAGUUGGAUUGAAAUUGAAGAUGGCUUCGUCCGUUUCCGUUUCAAAACUCGGAUCUGGCAAUAUGAUCCCAGCAAUCAUCAGUUAUCCGCGUGGGAUGGCGUUUUCACGCACGGCAAUCCAGUUCUGACAAGCAUACACGGGUCUUUACGUGAUCAAUCCUACCCGCCUGACAGAAUCGAUGUCAGAUUCACCAAUAACACCAGGUCGCCACUGGAAAUGUACUCAACCAGCCAAAAUGGUCCACCGGUAUUGCGAACCUCCAUAAGGCAAGGUGAAAUGAGUGUUAGAAGAGUCGAUGUCGGCUCUACUUGGAUAUUCGUUGGACUUAGGAGGCUCAAAGGCAUCUACCACGUGCCAGAUGUUGUAGCUGAUACAGUUGUUCUCGAGGAGACCAACGUGGAUGAGUACAUUGGUUCGGUGAAGGCUGUUCUUCCACCAGGGUGGGAAGAGCGAGUCACGCAAGCGGAUAAAAUGUUCUAUAUCAACCAUAAAUCGAAGUCCACUACCUGGUAUCCUCCGGUCGGUAGUCUCCUCAAGGACCCCGGGGGUGUCCAGCAAACUUUACAUGAUCCUAAGGUCGACAAACACAGCGAUACUGAUGUCGUCGACUUCAAGGUUACCGUUGAUAAAUACAAUGUAUGGCUGGAGACUACCUCAAAACACAAACACCAGCUAUCGACAAAUGGCACUGAGGACCAACCUUACAAUAAAAACAGCAUAUUCCACUCGCAUAAGAAAGACCUUAUUGUGGCUUGGCAAUCGACCGUAUUUCCAUGGAAUAGCUUAUACAACAUAAAGUAUACUCCCGAUACUCAGAUUCGACCUGAGCUCCUUAACGAAUCUAUUCGUUUAGCUGGUGAUUUGAUACAAGUGGAGCGCCCCCGGCUUUUUGACAUUGCCAAUAAAUGCGAGGUACCGACGGUUGACACGUUAUUCUCGAAUCCUCGCUGCAUUUACAACAUAGGUUGGAAUGAGAGCGGAGAUGAAUACUAUUUUCUCUUCAUCCAACGUGGGCACCAAUGCGUUCGGGUGAUCGGGAUUGACCGUGUUGGGUCUACACGCAUAAUCAUCGAAGAGACUAGUCAAACCUUCAUUGAUGGAUUCAAAUUGUACUAUCACCGUAUAUCCCAUUCCGAUAAGAUGCUUUGGGCCAGUGAAAGGGAUGGGUACAAUCAUCUUUAUUUAUUCGAUUUGAAGACGGGACAGCUUAUAUCUCAGAUUACCAGAGGGCCCUGGAAUGUUCGAUCAGUUGAAUUUAUCAACGAAGAAAGCGAGGAAAUUUGGGCCUCAGCAUAUGGUUAUUGGAAAGGCCAGGACCCAUAUCAUCUUCACCUUAUAUAUGUGAGGUUUGAUGGGUGCGAUUGCAAGUCAUUAACAAAAGGAGAUGGAAACCACCGUUGGAGUUAUCCUUGGUCAAGAGGCAGUCAACAUUACUUUGUUGAUACAUGGUCACGCGUUGACCUUCCUCCUCAAACUGUUGUUCGGAGUUUUGACUCGCCGGAUUUCGAGCUCGAUAUACAAAGACCUACGGCUCAGCACUUACUGACACUCGGAUGGGACCCAGUGGAGAGGUUUGUGGCGCCCGGUCGUGACGGUAAAACUCCGAUAUAUGGGGUAAUCGUUCGUCCGCCAAAUUUUGAGGAUGGGAAGACGUUCCCAGUUCUAGAGUGUAUUUAUUCCGGACCUCAAACAUUUUCGGUGGCCAAAGACUUUGGCUUUCUUCAUCACAUGCGCGGAUUAGCAGAAGAGGGAUACGUUGUGGUCCAGAUUGACGGUAUGGGGACAAACUGGCGAUCCAAAGCUUUUCAUGAUGUAUGCCACAAGAAUUUAAAGGACGCCGGGUUCCCAGAUCGGAUAUUAUGGAUUCAAGAAGCAGCGAUAACAAGGCCAUGGAUGGACCUAUCCCGAGUCGCCAUUAUAGGUAGUUCUGCGGGAGGGCAAAAUGCGGUCUCAGCCCUACUCCAUUACGGUGAUUUCUAUAAGGUUGCGGUGGCAUCAUCAGGUUGUCACGACAAUCGCCUCAACCAAAUUACCUGGGGUGAACAGUGGAUGGGAUAUCCAGUUGAUGAAUCUUACAUCGACAACUCCAACAUUACACAUGCGGCAAAGCUCCGUAACGACGCAAAGCUUUUACUGAUCGCGGGUGGUUUGGAUGAUGUUGUCAAUCCUGCAUCGACAAUGAAGCUUGUAACAGAGCUGAACAAACAAGGGAAAGACUACGAUUUUUUCUUCAUUCCGGAGGGCGACCAUAAGUGUGCAGAUAAUGGCGUUGGAUACAAACGCCUAGUUAGGUUCUUGCGCGAGCACCUGAAUCCGUGA